CCGGAUUUGAAGCGCAGGAAAGAGUUCGCACGUGCGGCUAACGAAUGGUUCAAAAGGAGCUUUAAAUCAAGAGAACAUGGCCGUCGGUGGGGUGGUCAAAGAGAAGAAGAAAAAGAAGAAAAUAGAGGAAGUGGAAGCAAACGACCUACUUGAGGACGAAGGACACAAAAAUGAUGCCUCCGUCCAAACGGUUGUUAAAAACGAAUUCUCGGAAAUAAACAUCGGUGGCGGAGAUGUAGAUAAAGAUGCUCCUGAGAGGAAGAGAAAGAAAAAGAAGAAAACGAAGGAAAUGAAGCAGGAUGUGAACGGAGACAUCUUGUGUCAUGAUGCAUCGGUCCAGACUACCGUUAAAAACGAGAUCAGUAAACGUGAUAAACAGGAGGGGGGUGCGCCUGCAAAGAAGAAAAAGAAGAUGAAGAAGGAAGUAGAAUCACUCCAGGAGGAAGUAGUUGAGGAAGGAGAACAGAUGGAUGGAGAGUCCAAGGAGAAAAAAAGACGGAAAAAGUUGAAGACAAGUGUCGGAGAGGCUGAAGAGAGAAAAAAGAAGGUGGUUGUAGAGACCAAAGAAGAACAAAUGGUGAAUUUGGGACUCAACGAAGAGAUGGAGAGCAAGAAGAAGAAGAAGAAAAGGAAAACUGAGGAUGAUGUGACUGAAUUAGAUGAUGGAAAGAUCAAGAAGAAAAGAAAAAAGAAUAAAGAAAUAAAUGUCAACACCGGAGAAACGGAUGCAUGUGAAGGGAAAGGACAACAGGAGAAAAAGAAGAAGAAAAAAGAAAUGAAGGCCAGUAAAGAGACGGAGAACGAGAAAAGAAAGUCUCCAGCAGAAGAGUCGUCGUCGUCGGGUGAAAAGAAAAGCAAAAAGCUAAAAAAGAAAUUGGCAAGCUUGGAUCAAGGUCAUGCUCCUGUGAAAGAGACGACGGCGGCGGCGGAUGAUGUCGUCGAGAUGGAGGCGGCACCUGUGGAAAAGAAAAGGAGUAAAAGAAACGUAAGGAAUAAGUCCAAAGACAAGGUUAAAAAGACUAAACUCAAAGAGGAGGAUAACGAACCAUUCGAGGAGAGUGCGAAUGAUAAAAAGACCGAUGUUGUGUUCCUGUCGGAAAAGCGUGGAAAUCGUGACGAAAUUUCUAUAGACCAGGCCCGGCGUCUCGCCCUGCAGAGAGACAUUGAUCAGGAAUCACAGCCAAAGCCAGGUCUCGGCCAGUGGGGAAGCGCCCAGUUUGAAAGCUCUGACAGACAGGCGAAGUUCCUGCGACUGCUGGGCGGGUUUAAAAAAAGCAGCCAGCCAAUUACAGGAAGCUCUGGAAGUGCCAGUAUGGCACUGGGGAAGGAAGCACAAAAGACUUUGCAGCAAGGCCUUCUCGGAGAGUUUGAGCGGGCUCAGAGCCGGAAUGUGGACUUCAGGAAUAAAGGAGCUGGAUUGGGAUUCACCGAGCCAUCCAAUAAGAAAUUUACCAUUGACGUCAAUGCACGGAACGCUAUACGAUUCGAUGACUGAGACCGACUUUGGGGGGAUUUUUUAUAAAUGACUUACAAACACAAUUACAUAUAGGUGUAAUUUAGUUUUGUCACAUCUAAUGGAGUGAAAUGCAAUUUUAAGUGGGACCAUUGUCCACUGAAAUAUACAAAUUAAAUACCUGAAAUACCCAAGGUGGAUUUUAAUCAUGUAUGUGGUCAAGUAUGACUGCAAAUGCCACUAAAGAAGGGUGAAGACAGACACUGUGGUUCAGAGUUUUUAUGGCAUUUAUACUGAAUUGACUUUAACGACCUAAAGGUCCAAUACCACGAAAUAAAACAAAUUCAAAAU